AUGUCAAACCAACGACAAGCCUCCUCCGCCUCUCAAGUCCCCCACCUCUCACCCGCUGAACUCUCCUACCUCUACACCUCCCUCAGCCUCCCCAAGAACCCAAUCCGACCAGACGGCCGCUCACCCACACAGUUCCGCCCUCUUUCCGCCGAGACCACCAUCCUGCCCGGCACGAACGGCAGCGCGCGCAUCGGGUUUGCAGACGGCACGCAAGCGAUCGUCGGCGUGAAAGCAGAAGUCGAGAAGACCGUUCUUGCAGCCGACACGCUCGACUCGCGCAGUCUGGCGCAGCAUGGUGACGCACUGAACCGCGAGGGCGAGCAGGGCUCGGCCGCUGUCUCAGGUCAGGGAGAGUGGGUGCAGAUGUCGAUUGAGAUCCCCGGGUUUAGGGAUGAUGAUGCCCUGCCUGUAUUUUUGAGUGAGAUGAUGCGGGAGAGUCUGGUUGGUUCUGUUGCUGGUGGGAAUGGGGAUGCCGCGAAGGAGAUGGCCGGUGGGUUGAAGGGGAGACUGGUUAUUAACAAGCGGUGGCAUUGGCGCUUGUAUAUUGAUGUCCUGCUCCUCUCUCAACCUCUCGCAUACCCCCUCCCCCUCCUCUCGCUCACAACCCACCUCGCCCUCCUCAGCACUAAGCUACCGAAACUCAAGUCCACGGGUGAAGAAGACCCCUUCUUCGACGAUGACUGGGAUGCCGCGGAGUAUCUCUACCCGCGCUCUAAUACUUCCAAAUCUCCUCUCUCCGCCGCUCCAUCAUACCCCGUCCGCCCACCUGUAACGCUGCUCGUGAUCUCCGUCGGUGAUAACGUCAUCUUUGACCCCAACCGUGAAGAAAUCGCCGUCGCAGACGCCGUCCUGGCCAUCUCAGUUACGCGCAGCAGCGACUCCGAGACUUUGAAAUUGCUAUCGAUCCGCUCCAUCGAUCCCCCCUCCCGCCUCACUCAGCCUGGUAUCCCCAAUUCCGAAAAUGUGAAUAUGCUUGGUGCUACUGCGGCGCCUGGCGAGGAAUCUGGUGGUCAGGAGGAGGUUGAGGGUGUCUGGCGUCCGCGCAGAGGUGGUGCUAAGCGCAGUGUCAUUGCACGCAUGAUUAAGACUGUUCUCGGUAAGGGCGGUGUUGGCGAGGAGGUCCUUGAGGGACUUGAGGGGGUUGAAGUGCAAUAA